GUUAAACGGCCAGAUAAGCACGAAGUUUAUCGUCUUUUUGGCAAAUUUAUAUCAUUCGAUUGGGCAUCGAUUGUAAUAUAAAAGCACUCCAGCUGAGGCACGCUUUUCAGUAUGGCCAAAGUGUGAUGAGAAUGCGAUAUCAGUGGAGUUUUUUUGUGUUCACUGCCCUCUUGGCACUCACGGUGGCGCGAAGUGUGCCAGAGGAGUAUCGUGAACCAAAUACAGGCUACAUUGUUGGCGGUAGUAAUGCUGCCAGGGGACAAUUUCCCUAUCAAGUCUCGCUGAGAACACUGCCUGGGAUUCAUUUCUGCGGUGGUGCCAUUGUGGGUAGUAGGUGGAUCCUAACGGCUGGCCUCUGCCUCUCCCGGCGUACCCCAACGAGUGUUAAUGCCUUUGUGGGAUCGCACCUUCUCUCGGACUCAACGCGGUACCUACUGAGUGAUCUUGUGGUGCAUCCGCAAUUCAAUGAGAACACCAUGCUUAACGAUGUGGGUCUAGCACGUACACAGGAAGCUAUUGUGUACUCAGCUCUCAUCCAACCCAUUGCCCUCGGAUCAAGCUACAUCGGGGGAUCUGUGAUUGCCAUUGCAACAGGAUGGGGACGUAUAACGGAGAACGGACCUACUCCCAAUAAUCUGCAGUGGGUCAACCUGGGUACCCUUACAAAUGAUGACUGCAAGAACAGGCUCCCUCCUCCGCAUGUAGGUCUCAUCUUCGACAGCACUCUCUGCACGUUUACACGCACCGAUGAAGGGGUUUGCUACGGAGAUACUGGAGGACCUCUCAAUUCGGGAAAUGUCGUUAUUGGGAUUGUUUCAUGGGGCGUUCGAUGCGCUAUUUCCUAUCCCGAUGUCUUCACGAGGGUUUCUUCGCAUCGAACAUGGAUCAUGGAAAAUAUAACUGAUUAAAGGAAAUCCAACUAAAAAUCCAUUAAGGAUUUUUUCUAAACUUCAGUGUGACCUCUAAAAAAUUAACAAAUCAUGACUUUUUUUUGGACAAUUCUCUUUUGUACUUUUCUACUCAAUAAAUAUGUGAUUGAACAUUAAAA